UUCCCACUAACAUACCCACACAACACUCUCGCCGUGUACUGGGAACAUCUCCCAGUAGUGUACUGUGGGGAGGGAUGUGAGAACAGCCUGUGGAAAUCCAAGCUUAAACAGGUCUCCAUGAGGACGGGGAAAGCCGCAAUCAUAGGCCAUUCUCGGAGGGAUCCAUUUCUGUACAGAAGACCCAGCUUUCUUCAAUUUCAGAAACCGGAUUCCAGGAAACCCAUCUUAGAGUGCAGCUCAAAUGGUGCCGAGAACUGCAUUUUCUUCCUUCUCUUCUUCGUUAUGUUGUAGGCAAGCUUCUGCUCAUACGGGUACUCUCUGUCUCUGUUGUCGUUCUCUUUCUUCUUUCUCUAAUUACACGUCUGGGCUCCAUCUACCAGACUCUAAAACUGUGGAAUGUUCUUCCAACUCUGAUAUUCCCCACGAGGGUACCCAGUCCCAGUUGGAAAUUAUGGUUGCGGAUUUAUACCGAACAAGAAAAAUGAGUUCUGACGAUGCAUUAAGCUUCUUCAAUCGAAUGAUUGAUUUGAAGCCAACUCCUUCAGUUUAUUCGUUUAGUCUUCUGUUACGGGCAAUUUACAGAAGCAAGCACUACAAAACUGUGAUUUCCCUAUAUAAAAGGAUGGGUGCUAUUGGAAUCUCACCCGAUAGACAUAUGCUGACGAUUCUGCUUCACUGCUAUUGCUAUCUGAAUUGGGUGGGUUUUGGUUUUUCUGUUUUGGGCAGUAUAUUAAAACGGGCUUAUUAUCCAGACACUUUAAUUUUCACUUCUUUGAUGAAGGGUCUCUGCAUGGAGGAUAGGAUUGCUGAGGCAACUAAUCUGCUUGAGGUGAUGGUCAAGUUGGGUUAUCCACCUGACGUGAUAACGUAUGGCUUUCUAAUUAAUGGGCUUUGCAGAGCAGGAAAGACUUCAGCAGCUUUUAGCCUGCUCAGGGAAAUGGAGAAACGGGGUUGCAGGCCUAACGUGGUUGCAUACAACAUGGUUAUCGACGGUCUUUGCAAAGAGGGAUCUAUGGAUGAGGUGCUAAAACUGCUCGAAGAAAUGAUCCAAAAGAACAUUUCCCCUGACGUUACCACUUACAGUUCUUUGAUUCACGGGUUCUGCAUUUCAAAUCAAUGGAAAGAAGCUAUUAGAUUUUUCUAUGAAAUGAUGGAUCGAGGAAUUCCACCCAAUGUGAUUACAUACAAUAUAUUGAUGUGUGCACUCUGCAAAGAAAGGAAAGUCAAAGAAGCACAUGGACUAUUAUUUGUGAUUAUCCGAAGAGGGGAAGAGCCCAACAUAGAUUCUUAUAAUACGUUGAUGGAAGGAUAUUGCUCGAUAGGUAAGGUGGAUGUUGCAGAAAAGCUCUUUCAUUUCAGGGUGACUAAGGGUCUUGAGGUGGAUGUUUUCAGCUACAAUGCAUUGAUAAAUGGAUAUUGCAGAAGUAGGAGGAUGGAUGAGGCUGUGAAUCUGUUUGAGGAAAUGCAUCACAAAGGAUUGAAACCUAGUCCUGCUAACUAUACUACUCUUAUGCAUGGAUUAUGCCAAGUAGGGAAAGUUGAGGCUGCCCAGGCUCUUUUCAAUGAGAUGAAAGACAAGGGAAUUUCUCCAGAUGUGAUCACAUAUAAUUGCAUAAUCAACGGCCUUUGUGAUUUGGGUUUGCUGAAGGAAGCCACAGAGUAUAUGAAUGAUAUGGUGGAUAGAAGAAUUUCACCAAAUGCCAUUACUUACAGUUCUGUGAUCCAUGGAUACUGUAACUUGGGACAGUGGCAAGAAGCGAGUAGAUUGUUUGGUCAAAUGAUGGAUCAAAGAAUUCAACCUGAUAUUGUAAUAUUUAACAUACUGAUGAAUGCUCUCUGCAAGUAUGGGAAAACAAAAGAUGCACGGAGAUUUUUAGAUAUGAUGAUCCAAAGAGGGAAUCAGCCAGAUAUAAUUACUUAUAAUACAUUGUUAAGCGGAUAUUGUUUGGCAGGGCAAAUGGAUGAUGCUCUAAAGCUUUUUGAUUCGAUGGAAGCUAAAGGUCUUUAUGAUUCUAUUAGCUACACUGUACUGAUAAAUGGGAAUUUCAAGAGUGGUAAAAUAGAUGAGGCUAUAAGGAUCUUUGAGAAAAUGUCUUAUAAGGGAUUAAAGCCAACAAUUGAUACCUAUAAUACACUACUUGGUGGACUAUGCCAAUUUAGGAAAGUUGAGGCUGCACAGAAUCUCUUCACUGAGAUGGUGGAACAGGGGAUAUCUCCAAAUGUUGUUACUUACAAUUCUAUAAUUUAUGGACUUUACAAUUCAGGGAUGUUGGAAGAAGCCACAAGGGUUUUUGAUGAGAUGGUCCAUGGAGGAAUUACACCAAAUGUGAUCACAUACAAUCAUUUAAUCCAGGGCUUUUGUAAUUCAGGGCAGUUGAAAGAAAUGAUCAGAUGUUUCUACGAAAUGAUGGAGCGGAGAAUUUCUCCUAAUAUCAUGACAUUCAACAUACUAAUAGAUGCAUCUUGUAAAGAAGGGAAGAUUAGAGAAGCACAUGCACUGUUUGUUCAGAUGAUUCAUAGAGGUGAGGAACCCAAUAGAACAUCAUAUGAAAUAUUGAUUGGUGGAUAUACUUCAAUAGGCCAAGUGGAUGAUGCAUUGAAAUUAUUUCACUAUAUGCUGGCUGACGGGCUUAUACCAGAUGAUCUCACCUGCAACAUGUUAAUUAAUGGCCACUGCAAAACUAAGAGAAUAGAUGAGGCCUUAAGGUUCAUUCAGGAAAUGCAUAACAAGGGAUUGAAACCAACAAUUAGUUCCUAUAAUACACUACUAAAUGGACUGUGGGAAAGUGGUCAAGUUGAAGCUGCAAAAACGCUCUUCAAUGAUAUGGCACCUGAUGUUGUUACAUUUAACACAAUGAUCAAUGGCCUCUGCAAGGGAGGGUUUUUGCAAGAGGCAACUGAGUUAUUCUCACAAAUGGAAGAAAAGGGUUACUUGCCUAACACAGUGACAUUUAAUACAAUUAUCCAUGGCUUUUGUCUAAAGAAUGAGAUGCACAGUGCAAUGAAGUUUCUCCAUAAAAUGGCAGAGAGAAAUGUGCCACCAGAUACCUGUACACUCUCCAUCAUUGUUGACUUACUUUCAAAAGUUCAGUAUCAAGAAAUUAUGGAAUCACUUCCUAAAACAUUUUUACCUGAGGACGAGCAAGAAGGUGAUAUAAUGAACAUUUCAUCAUUAAUACCAUCCAUUAAGGGACAUCUAACAUCUGGUGAUUUGGGUAAAUUAUAUAACAAAUUAAAAAAAUUCAUUGAGUGAAGAUCAGAUGGUUGAACUGUUGGAAUGACCAAACUCCAUUUCUAUGGUUCAGGUUAAUCUGCAGGCUUUAAAUUGGAACACAUGAAACAAUUUGUGGGUGAGGUUAAGACUUCACAGAGUACACAAUGAAGUUCUUGGAAAAAUGAUGUCUUCUCCCAAGUGAAAGGACCAGAAAAGAAGGGAAGACUCUGUUGUAUGGGAAAAUAUCCAACUUCUUCCAAAACAUUUGAUUCUCCAUCUUCUUAGUCAAUGGAUCAUGAUGAAGAAGUUCAACAAGUAAAGCUACAUGUUGCAGGGCUAAUAGAUGAAGUUAACGGGCUACAGGGAAUGGUUGUAAGCCUUGUGUCAGUAAUUGAAAGGAAGUGCCUGUAAGCAAGUUGUGAACAUAUUAGGGGCAGUUAACUGCUUCAUCAAUCUUGAGGUUAGCUGACUAAAUACAAGUUGCUAAUGUUCUUGAUGUUGGCAGUGCCACAAGUCAAUACCCACAUGGACAUAGACCCUCUUCAAUUUCUAGUCAUCAUAUUAAUAAUCAAAAUUCCUCUUAUGCUUCACCUUCUCAUACAAUUAUUAGCUUGAACCAUGGUGGUGGAGGAGGCAACUGAAGCAAUAUUUCUUUUUUGCUUUUGGCAAUUCCAGUGCUGGCAGUGUUGGUGUUGGUCGGUGAUCUUAAACCAGAUAUUUCUUUGAAGAAAUGCAACUUUUCAUUCAAAAAAGGGGAAGGAAAAUAAAUGGAUAACCGGCCCUAUGUAUAGUUGAUUCAACACAAAAAUGUUAGAAUGAUGAAAAAGCUCAAUGAAGAAAUUGAUGCAAAGGGUAGAAAAAUCAUGGUGAUUGGCUAGAUGAGGUAAAGUGGAAUGAAGUGAUUGGAAUCAAAGAAAAGAUAGAGCAGAUGCAAAGGGUAGAAAAAUCAACCAGAUUAGUGGCACUAGUUGUCCUUGUAUUUGUGGUUAUGUCAUUACUCAUGACGCCAACAUAAAAGUGUGCCAUUGCUUGUGUCUCAAUAUAGUGGCCGAGUAGAUGUUGGAGUUUGACUUGAUGAUUGUGGUUAGAUGAUUCUUGGCUCCUGGAUGAAUGGCUAUUCUUUGUGCUUCGAAGAUGCAUUUGGUUGUUGAGUGAUUGUGAAGAGGGAGUAUGAGCUGGCAUUAUGAAUGAAUGGUUGGGUGGAGUAGCAAUUUGGAGGUUAUUUUGAUGUUGGGUUGAAAUUGGAGGUAUUAAUGUAGAUGUAUGGAACUGGAAGUGUAAUUUUCUUUUGAAAUUUGAACCUCUCAUUUUGAAUCCCCUUUAGUGCUGGAAAUUAAAUGCCAUUAACCCGUAUAAACCGCCAUGAGGCCCCUCUGUGAGGUGUUCCUCUGCUGUAAAUACCAGUUGAACUUGGCCUUUAUGUGAUC